CAGGAAAUUCCUGGAUAACGCCGAGUUGUGUGGGCGUGGAGGGGCUGGGGAAUCCUGAGGGAAUCCUGAGGGAGCUGGGAAUGUUCAGCCCAGGGAAAAAGAGGCUCAGGGGGAGCUUCCAGGGUCGGGCUCUGCUCCCAGGGAACAGGGACAGGAGGAGAGGGAGAUUUUGGUUGGAUGUUGAGAAAAUUCCUUCGUGGAAGUGUCCAAGGUCAGAUUGGAUCCACCAGGAAGAGUGGGAGGAUCCAUGGGAUUGGGAUCAUCCUUAAAGUCCCUCCCAACCCAAACUGUUGGAAUCCUCUGGAAUUCUCUGUUCCUUUGGGUGUCUCCCGCUGGAUUGGAGAGCAUUUCCCUGGGAGAGGAGGCCGGGAAGAGCGAGCUGAUGAACGAGGACAUCCGGAUCCACUCCUGGCCUUGCUCCUACUACCUGGACACCAGCAAACAAUGGAUCCCUGGGAAGCUCUCCCUGACUCCCCUUUCCAUCAAAUUCACGGCUGACAAAACGGGAGAGCUCCUGGUGGAUUUCCAUCUUUCCGGGAUCAGCGAGAUCAAGAAGGAAUCUUCCCAUUUAAUCUUCAGCUCCCUCACCAUCCUGGAGAAGAGCACCAAGCACUGGUUCAGCUCCCUGCAUCCCAACAGGAAUGUGGUGUUCAACAUCCUGGAGCAUUUCUGGAGGGAGCAGCUGGUGUCCAGCCAGGAGGCCGGAGCGGGAGCGGCCUUGGAAUCCAGCAAGGGCAAGGAAUUGACGGGAAUGUUGGAGGGAUCCCAGAAACGCCUGGAGGACACGGCCAAGGUGCUGCAUUCCCAGGGGGAGCAGUUCGACAACAUCAUGAGGGGACUCCACAAGAUCGAGGGGGACAUGGAUGUGGCUGACAGGCUGUUGACAGAGCUGGAAUCUCCUUCCUGGUGGCCCUUCAGCACCAAACUCUGGAAAACCCCUCUGGAAGCAAAGCCCAAGGAAACCCCCGCGGCUCCGGAUCCCAAAACCCAGGAAGGAAUCCUGCUGCGAAUUCCCGUGAUUAUCACCCACAGGACAGACUCCAACGCCAAGCCGGGAAAACUCACGGUGCUUCCCUCCGGCCUGGAAAUCAAGGAUUGCAAUUCCCAGCUGCUGCACCGCUUCGAAUCCCGGGACGUGGAUGAUAUCCGGGUGCACACUCCCUACGAGAUCAGCAUCCGGCAGAGGUUCAUCGGCAAGCCCGACACUUCCUACCGGCUCCUGGCGGCGCGGAUGCCGGAGGCCAUUCCCAUCCUGGAGAUGCAGUUCAGCAAGAAGAUCCAGUUUUUGGAGGAUGCUCUUGGAUUUGCCGGAGCCAGGAAGUCUCCUCAGGCGGAUUUGGGAACGUCCAUCUGGCAGGCAGCCACCGGAUUCCUGGGAGCCGCGGUGAAUCCCGGAGUUCCGGCGGGAAGCGCCGAAGGGACGGACAAGGAGCAGGUGCAGCUGCAGAAAAUAUCCCAGGAGGAAGCCAAGGAGCUCCGACAGAUCCUGAAGAAGCUCAAGGGGCUGGCCCUGGAGACGGAAGCGGAGCUGGAAAGGCAGGACGAGGCCCUGGAUUCCAUCAGCAGCUCCGUGGAUCGCGCCACGCUCACCAUCGAUCGGCAGAACCGCAGGAUGAGGAAGCUGACGUAACUUCCCGCCGGGAACGGGAACGCCGGGAAGAGCAGGAGGGUGGGGGAGCCGGGGUUCUCAGGACUGGUUUUUUCCAGAGACACUUUGGGAGGGGUUUGGGAUGAGGUUUGGAAAAUGGCGCUGCUGGAGGUGAGUUCCUGAGAGAAUUGAAGCAGUUCCUGGACCUGGAUGAUGGUUGGAUCUUGGAUGAUGGUUGGAUCUUGGAUGAUGGUUGGAUCUUGGAUCAUGGUUGGAUCUUGGAUCAUGGUUGGAUCUUGGAUGAGGUUGGAUCUUGGAUGAGGUUUGGAUCUUGGAUGAUGUUUGGAUCUUGGAUCAUGGUUGGAUCUUGGAUGAGGUUUGGAUCUUGGAUGAUGGUUGGAUCUUGGAUGAGAUUUGGAUCUUGGAUGAUGGUUGGAUCUUGGAUGGUGGUUGGAUCUUGGAUCAUGGUUGGAUCUUGGAUGAGGUUUGGAUUUUGGAUGAGAUUUGGAUCUUGGAUGAUGGUUGGAUCUUAGAUGAGGGUUGAACCGUGGAUAACGUUUGGAUUUUGGAUGAGGUUUGCAUGUUGGAUGAUGGCUGGAUCUUGGAGGAGGUUUGGACCUUGGAUCACGGUUGGACCUUGGAUGAGGUUUGGAUCUUGGACCGUGUUUGGAUUUUGGAUAAUGUUUGGAUCUUGGGUGGCAGUUGGAUUUUGGAUGAGGUUUGGAUGUUGAAUGACGGUUGGAUCUUAGAUGAGGGUUGGAUCUUGGAUCACGUUUGGAUCUUGGAUCACGUUUGGAUCUUGGAUCAUGGUUGGAUCUUGGAUGAGGUUUAGAUCGUGGAUGAGGUUUGGAAGCUUUUUUUGGGUGGAAAGAUCCAAAUUUCCAAUUGGGAUGAAACAGAACUUGUGGAUUCUCCACUGCCAAACCCUGUAAAUAGGAAGGGAUGUGAAAACCUGACUUAAUUAAUUAAUUAAUUAAUUAGUUCAUUGAUUCAUUAAUGUGGUUUUUGAUUUUGCUGCUUUCCAGCCCAUGAAUUCCCUCUCCAGCUCUUUCCCUAAAAUCCUUUGGAGCCAAUCCUGAUUUCUUUCUUUAUUUGCACUCAGUGGUGAUGAAACAUUUCAAGGCUUUUCCAGAAUUCCUUAAAAAAAGGGAAUAUUUUCAAUUAAAGUCUGAAGUUUACACUUGGCUCUGUUGAGAGCAGAGAUUCCCCUCCUAAAUUAUUUAUAUUCCAUAGGAAAAAUUCCCAUUUCGUUAAUCCCUACCUUUUCCAGCUAUUUUACCUCCAAGGAGCCGUCGUUAAAUAUAUUUUUUAAAAUUAUUUUUUAGAUUUUAAUUUAAGUAUUUUUGGUGUUGCUUUCAAAUCCAACACUUUCAGUGCAAUAUUUUUAAACAGUGAAGCUUCAAAUCCUUGGAUUCCGUGGGAAUUUUUCCCAUUUUUUUUUUGGAAUCCAGCCUAAUUUUGGGAGAAAAAGACAUUGUGCCAUGUCGAGGGUGUUGUUUGCAAGGUUUGUAUUUCUUCAGCUUAGUUAGAACUGGAGUAAAAUUUAUUCCAAGUUUUUCCUGGCAUGCACUUUAUUGGAAAAUCCAGUGAUAAUUCCAUAUCCAUCAAUUAUUUCCUGGGAAUAAAAUCCCCUCGGAGCUCCUCCUGUUGUUUCCCGCCCCCAAAUUGUUACUGGUUUACUGAGGGAGGAAAAUGAACUUCCCACACCUCAUUUUUCCAUGGAUUUCGCACCAAAUCCGUGUUUGCUGAGGCUGGGAUGGGAACUGGGGAUGGGAUGAGUCCAAACCAGAAUUCCCAAAAGGAAAUCUUCUGGAUUUGAGCGGUUUUUGGAUGUUCUUUGUGCCAUAUUUUUUAUUGUUGUGGGGUUUUAGCACCAACUCCGUAUUUUGUGGGUUGUAUUGAGUCCAACAUAUCCCAAAAAACUUGGAAUAUUCCUUGGAAAACCCAUCCUGGAGCUGUACAUUGGCUGAAUUCCAUGUGCCAGAAGGAUUUUCCACCUGUAAUUCCUUCUUAUUAAAAACUCUUGGAAUUGUGA